AUGGCUCUUGGAUUGCAUCGCUUCACUCGACAUGGCUAUUGGCUGUUCCCCUUGGGCGCUACACUAUGCUGGCUCGCCACUCUGGGGGGCUUGCUGGGACUUUGGCUGGGGAAAGAUGACCAUCGCAGGUACCGAUCGACAGAAUCCAACGUCGUCGUCUUUGUGUCCGACGUCGGUGCCUCUCAUCUGGCUCUCUUCAUCCCCGGCUGCGCACUCGUUUUUGUCUUCUACGUCUCUUCGCUCGUCACCGAGCGCUGGCUAAGGCACAUCGAACGCUUGCCGGGCACACACGGCAGAAGGGAACUUGUACUCGAUCUGCUCGCCGUCGUAUGCGGAUUCAUCGGAGGCUUGGCACUCUUGAUGCUUUCAAUUUUCAACGCCUUCGAUUACAGUACCGUUCAUUGGUCGAUGACCGUUCUCUUUGUCAUCUUCGUUGCGCUGUCGGCUAUAUUCCAAACUGCAGAAGUCCUGCUGCUCGGCAGAUACGAUCCUGACUCGCGCCAUCUAAAGCGCAAUGCGAUCCUGAAGAUCGUCAUCGUCACUGUGGCAAUCAUCGUCGCUAUCGCCUUUGCGGCCCUAUACGGCAAAUGCAGGGGAGAAGGCUCUCUCGGUCCAGGCAGGGCGUCCAACUGUGACGCUAUCACUGGUGCAGCCGGUAUAUGUGAAUGGACAGUCAGCUUCAUUCUUGCCGGCUACUUCGCAACGCUCAUCUUGGACCUCUAUCCCUCUUGGAAGACUUCACCCCGGCAUCACGGCUCUGACGAAAAAUAUUUGUCGGCUGCUGGCGAAGCUAAUGCGCGUGCUGCCCGCGACUCUGACAGCUACAACUCCGCACAGCCCACUCUCCCGGUCAUGAUGGAGCCCACUCAUCCCAGCAUGGCAACCCAGGAGAAGCAAUAUCAACCGGCGAUGACCGGGACGCAGCAACAGAGCCAUUUUGGCGAAGCUGUGUGA